ACGAAAACUACGCGACGUUCGUGGUGCUGCGUUUACGUCCGCGCUUAGAAACCUCGUUGAAAAUGCUUAAAGCAAAAUGGUAGAAGCUUUGCAAAUGUUUUUAUUUCUGUUCAAAUCUAAAUACAGACGAAAAGUCUCAUGGUUCUCACCGUUCCUAUGUUCAGUCCUCAUAGUGUUAUUGUUUUGUGAUGGUGUACUUUCUAGGUGUAGUGACCAUAACUGUCUAAAUGGUGUGUGUAAGAAUGAUACAUGCGUAUGCUAUGAGGGUUGGCAGGGUCCUGAGUGUCAGUACUGCGGUGGGAAAGUUAAGUUGACAGCACCUACGGGCAUCAUAACAGAUGGGCCGGGCAACUACAGCGUGAGCACGCAAUGCUCGUGGCUCAUAUCUCCGCUCUGGCUGGGGCCGGCGCCGCCUCCGCUGCGCGUGCGUCUCGAGAGCUUCGCGACCGAGUGCGGUUGGGACCAUCUGUACGUGUACGAUGGGGACAGCGUGCGUGCCGAGAGAUUGCUAGCUGUGUUCAGUGGUGUCUUGGAGCCAGGCGAAUCCGGGUGGACUCGGCAAGUGGUGGCGCGGUCGGGGAGCGCCUUACUACACUUCUUCUCCGACGACGCGUAUGCUAUGGAGGGGUUCAACGUGACAUACGCAGCUUACUCCUGCCCCUCUGACAAUCCGAGGACAAACUGCUCAAACCAUGGUGAAUGUGACGAUGGUACAUGUAGAUGCGAACCAGACUGGAUAGGAGCGGCCUGUGAUCAACCCCUGUGUCCAGAGGAGUGCAACGCAGCGUAUGGGGCGGGCACAUGCACCGCCGCCGGCUGCGAAUGUGUGACGUCACGCGCGGGUGAAUCCUGCGCGCGCGACGCCGCCGCGGCCGGCUGGCGAUGGGCGUGGCGCGAGCCCGGCGACUCGCCUACUACGACUAACGCGCCGAUUACGACGAACCCACCGGCCGCUGCUGGACACUCGCUGCUGACGUACCGCGGGGAUCUACUGCGCGUCGGUGGGGAGACGUUCUCGCAGGAACCUUUUCUCUAUAGAUAUAAAGUGACCGACAAAGAGUGGGAAAGCGUAGAGACUCGUGGCGUAUCGCCGGCGCCGCGGUUUGCUCAUUCCUCGGUCAUAUACGACGAUGAACUGAUCGUGUACGGGGGAGUUGUAGCCAGCGAUGAACCGGAGAGAGGAGGUGGUUUAGCGGGCCUCGAAGGUCGUGCCGGGGAGGUGACAAAUGAACUGUGGCGUAUAUCGCUCAACUCGCCGCGCCCCUCCUGGAGGAAUGCAACGCCGGUCAACUGCGCGCCUCCCAGACCCGCGCCGUUACGGCACUGCGGUGGUUUACACGUCUCGGGUCACACAGCGGUGGUGGUCCGUCUAGGUCCAACCAAGAAGCCUGUGAUGCUUGCAUUCUUCGGCCAUUCGCCUCACUAUGGAUACUUACAUACUGUACAGGAAUAUUACAUAGAGGAAGGCAUAUGGGUAGCGGCUGCGACCAAAGGAUGGCCGGCUCGAGCCGGCUUCGGUCACACCGCCUCGUGGGACCCGCUCUCGGGGAAGGUUUAUGUUCACGGCGGAUUGGUCUCCGAAUCUGAGGCUACGCAGGUGCCUUCACCAGCUUUGUACGAAUAUGACGUGAACAAAAAGAUAUGGAGGCCUCUGCCAUCUGCGCCUACGCCGAGAUACUUACAUUCCGCUACAUUUGUAGCGCCAGGUAUGCUGCUAGUGUUCGGAGGCAACGCGCAUAACGAUAGCGCGGCCGCCGCCGUCGCUAGCCCAGCGGCUGCGAGAUGCUAUUCCGCUGGGGGACUGGUGUAUGACGUCAGGUGUCGAACCUGGCGCACUCAUACGCCGCCCAAAGGUGCGGCCCGCGCCGCGCACGCAGCCGCGCCGAUGCCUCACCGCACACCGCCAACAGUCAUUGUACACGGAGGUUUCGACGGUCGCCUGCGUUCGGACGCGUUAUUAUUCGAAGUGGGCGACAAAUGUUCGUCAUACACUAACGAGAUAUCGUGUCUGGCCGCAGCUUCAUACGCGGCUCGCGCCUGCGCGUGGCAUAUCGACAAAGGGACCUGCUUGCCCUUAGAAGAAGUCGGUUGGAAAGAGUCGUUUGAAGGGAAUGUGAAAGCUUGUAAAACAGAGCCCAUGUCUGACGAGCGUUUGUGCAUGACCGCGGAAUCGUGUACAGCUUGCACGGCCGCAGGUUGCGCCUGGUGCGGCACUUGUCUCGCAUCUUCCAUGUACUGUACGAAGCAUAAGCAUCAGAUGGCGCUGUCGAUAGACGAGUGUGGUGCUAACAGUGAGUCCCCGAGGGAAGCGUGCGGCAGGUUCCAUUCUUGUGCUGCUUGCUACGCGCACCAACAUCACCACACUCACGGCACAGAAGAUUUGAGUCAAAGACUUUGCUAUUGGGACUAUGACACAAUAAAGUGUAAACCCGCCAAUUCUUCUGAUGACAUCCGGAGCGUAGCAUCGACGGGACCUUGUAGUGCCCCGUGUUCUACAUUCCAAACUUGCGCCAAUUGUACAGCGGAAGAGUGCAUAUGGUGCGCUUCUGCGGGAAGAUGUGUUGAUAAGAACGCAUACGGGGCGUCGUUCCCGCUGGGCGGGUGUCGCGCGUGGUCAACAAGCGGCGGCGCGGGCACGUGCGGCGCCACCACAGCCGGCGGCUCGACCGCGGGCGCGGGCGGUUGCGGUUCGCACGCGUCCUGUGCCACGUGCCGCGCGGAGCCCGCGUGCGGAUGGUGCGACGACGGAGCCGGUGCCGGGAGAGGUUUAUGUCUUCCCGGUGGAGGGAGAAGGCCUCACGCGCCGCAUGUCUGCACUCAGCACAGGUGGCAUUUCACGCGUUGCCCUCUGUGCCAAUGCAACGGUCACGCGGUGUGCGACAGCGAGGCGCGGUGCAUACAGCCGUGCGGCGGCCGCGCGGUCGGCGAGCACUGCGACACUUGCGCGCCCGGCCACUGGGGCAACCCGCUCAACGGAGGCGUUUGCCAGCCAUGCGAUUGCAACGCGCAAGCGGUUUCCUGCGCGCCGGACACGGGACGAUGUUACUGCACCACUAAAGGCUUGGCCGGAGACCGUUGCGAUAAAUGUGACAACACGAAUCAUUACCACGCCGACAUCUACAACAAGGGAGCUUGUUACUACGACCUGGCGGUGGACUACCAGUUCACAUUCAACCUGUCCAAGAAGGAGGACCGCCACCUAACCGCGAUCAACUUCCGGAACGCGCCCGUCAAACCGGACGUGGACGCGGACUUUAGCAUCACUUGUUCUGCGCACGCGCGAAUGAAUCUCACGGUGCGCACUCGCACCGAGCCCGCGGAGCGGACGUUGUUUAGCGACGUCAACUGCACCAACUUCAGAUACAAAACGUUCCAUUACAGGUUCGCUAAGUCGGAACACUCGUUCGGCGUAGAAGACAACGUGACUUUGACGACUUUCUUCGUGUACGUGUACGACUUUAGGCCGCCCCUCUGGAUACAGAUAUCGUUCUCGCAGUACCCGAAACUGAACUUGCAACAGUUCUUCAUAACGUUUUCAUCGUGUUUUCUACUUCUGCUACUCGUAGCGGCGGCUCUUUGGAAGAUAAAACAGAAAUAUGACUUGUAUAGAAGAAGACAACGUCUCUUCGUGGAGAUGGAGCAAAUGGCUUCCAGGCCCUUCAGCCAAGUGUGUGUCGAGUUUGAGCGCGGGUGGCUAGGCGGAGGAGGCGGUGUGCCGGCGCCUGUGGCGUUGGAACCUUGCCGCGGGGGUCGGGCAGCAGUCCUGUCGCUGCUGGUGCGGCUGCCCACCGGUGGAACGGGGCGCGCGCCCCCUCUGGGCGGGCUGGCCGUCGCGUCUGCGCUCGUGACGCUCGGCCAGCACGCGCCGCACCCGCACCAACACUCGCACCCGCACCCGCACGCGCCGCCCAAGCACGCGCGCCACCACUGACAGUACGUAUGUAUACACGCGCAGCCCUCUCGCUGCUGGUGCUGUCGCGUCCGCGCCCGCACAAGCACGUCGCUGUCGUCCGGGGCGUGGUCGCCGUUCAAAAACUUUUCCAUGACCGACACACGAAAAGGACACACGUAUAAUGCGAUUCAAACUAUGGUGCUUGUGAAGUUAGCAGCAAUCGCAACUUUCAGUUCAGUGACAUCCCGCGCGCGCCUUCAUCGUUCUACAUUUCGUUUACUGCGACGCAACUUUAAGCGUGCAUCUCGCUAUACGCCGCUUAGUUCUCUUCCUAUAGUCAGGCCAUUAUAAUAGGUAACAUUUGACAAUUCAUCAUAAUUCAACAACGUAACCUUGUAACGGCGGGCAUAAAAUAAGAACUGCACAAUUGCUUAACUUUUUUCAAUUACGAUUACAUAUUUAUUGUAAUAAUGAACGAUACGAGUAAUUUUACGAUUUGCAUUCAAUAAUAAACCAUUCUAAACAUAAGAAACAAUUUCUGAUCUAAAGAACUGAACGUCGCUACAAUGUUGCAUCAGUUUUUUUUUAAACACUAGGGAUGUUACUCUAAAAAUCGAAAGCUGAUAAGUUGAAUCGAAUGCAAUGAUUACUUGUGAAGAAAUAUCACCAUAAAUUAAUAACCACGUUGUGAUUAU